GGAAGGGAGAAAGAGAAGCAGAGAGAAAGGAGGAGAAACUGAUGAAAGGAGCGGAGGAGAUCGGAGAGCCCUGGUGCCCCAAAGACAGAAUGAAGUGGCUCAGGAUCUCUUCUUUGCCCAACUACUCAUCCACGCAUUUAUGACAAAUUCUCUCCUCCAAAAAAACAAAGAUAAUCCACUGUUGCAAGGACACCAAACCAAUCUUAGAGUGGGAAAAGGGAUACAGAGAAGGAGAAAGAAAGCAUAACACACUAGUUAGCUCCUCUUUGAUGGAAAUGCCUCACAAGUUGGUGGGAGAAAAUGGCUUCAAUUGUACCCAGAAACUUAUUUAUUCAAACACAUCCAACUCAAUGGAGAACAGCCUUCCUUUUGAUACACCCAGCCCCAAGGAAUCUUGUGAUACCCCUCUGAGCAACGGCACUUUCUACUCCAAUGCAAACAGCCCUUCGGACUCUUGCGUUAAGCCCCUCUGUGACAUGAUAUCAGAAAAUGACAACCACUUCAAUGCAGGAAUUAAAUAUGUCUCCUCGGAAGGAGAGGCUCUUGUGUGCGGGUGGGGCGGCUUCACUCCAAAUUGUUUACAGUUCUUCAAUAAACCCAAAGGAGUCUUGUUCUUCCUUUGUGUGGCUUCUUUCCUCCAGGGAAUGACAGUGAAUGGUUUCAUUAAUACAGUCAUCACCUCAAUAGAGAGGCGAUUCGACCUGCAGAGCUACGAAAGCGGGCUGAUCGCCAGCUCCUACGACAUUGCCGCCUGCGUGUGCUUGACAUUUGUCAGUUACUUUGGGGGCAAUGGGCAUAAACCACGGUGGCUUGGAUGGGGCGUCUUGAUCAUGGGGAUUGGGUCCAUUGUCUUUGCACUGCCCCAGUUCACCACCAGCCAAUAUGAAGUACACUUCUCAGAGGACCUGGGCAUGUGCUCCUCCAAUCAGAGCAUGAGAUGCUCAGAGAGUGUCUCCAGCCUCUCGAAUUACCGCUUUGUCUUCAUGCUUGGACAGUUCCUACAUGGAAUCGGAGCGACGCCACUUUAUACCCUUGGAGUGACAUAUUUGGAUGAAAAUGUCAAGUCCAACUAUUCCCCUGUAUAUAUUGCCAUUUUCUACACUGCUGCCAUAUUGGGUCCUGCAGCUGGUUAUCUGGUUGGAGGAGUCUUUCUAAAUAUUUACACUGAAAUUGGGAGACAAAUUGAUCUGACCCCAGACAAUACUCUAUGGAUUGGAGCUUGGUGGAUAGGAUUCUUGGGUGCUGGGGCAGGUUCCCUUUUGAUUGCGAUUCCCAUCUUGGGUUACCCACAUCGCCUGCCAGGAUCCCAACGCUACAUUGUCAUGAGGGUUUCGGAAGCCCAUCAGCUGAAAGAUGGCAGUCAAAAAACAGCUUCAGAUCCUGAUUUUGGAAAGACGGUUAAAGACCUCCCACUGUCAGUAUUGCUGCUACUAAAGAACCCAACCUUCAUCUUCCUUUGCUUGGCUGGAGCAACGGAGGCAACACUUAUUGCUGGCAUGUCCACCUUUGGUCCCAAAUUUCUUGAAUCCCAGUUUAGCUUAAGUGCCUCAGAAGCAGCAACCUUGUUUGGCUACCUUGUGGUUCCAGCAGGAGGAGGAGGCACAUUCCUUGGAGGUUUCAUUGUGAACAAAUUUAAGCUGCGUUGUUCAGGAAUCAUCAAGUUCUGUUUAUUUUGCACCCUGUCAAGUCUGUUGGCCAUUUUCAUCUUUUUUAUUGAUUGCCCUAACAUGCCCAUGGCUGGAGUAACCCAGAUGUAUGACAGAAGUGUCUUAUUACAAGGCCACCUCAAUCUGUCUGCUCCCUGCAAUGCGGACUGUGACUGCCUUCGAGAGAUGUACAGUCCUGUAUGUGGAAAUGAUGACAUUAUGUAUUACUCGCCCUGCCAUGCUGGCUGCAAACAAGUAUCAACCACUCAUGAGAGUGGGAAAAAGGUUUACCAUGAAUGCAGCUGCAUUUUGGGGCCUGCUCCCCCUUCAUCUGGUUUGGCUACAGCGGGGAAAUGUUCAUCUUCAUGCGAGAGAAGGACCCUUCUUUUGCUUUUCAUCUUUGUUGUCAUUCUCUUCACAUUCCUAAGCAGUAUUCCUGCUCUGACAGCUACUUUACGGUGUGUUCCUGACAGGCAACGGUCCUUUGCUCUAGGAAUCCAGUGGAUUGUAGUCAGGACUCUAGGUGGCAUUCCAGGACCAAUUGCCUUUGGAUCAAUGAUUGACAAGUCAUGUCUCCUCUGGCAGAACCAAUGUGGUGAACAAGGAUCUUGCUUUGUCUACCAGAAUUUUGCCAUGAGUCGAUACACCCUGAUUGCUGGCCUUAUAUACAAGGUGAUGGGAUCUUUGUUUUUUCUACUUUCCUGCCUGCUCUACAAACCUCCUCCACCAGAAUCCAUCCCAGGCAGUUCCAACACAUCUGAAAAUGGCAACUGUGACCUCCAGAAGAGCAAAUGUCCUCAUCAGUCUCAAGACAAUGUAUAGCACUUUGGAUGUGACAAGUGACUUCCAAACAAGAUACUGUGUCAAAAUAUGUAUUAGUCUCUUCCUGUUAAUGAUUGAUAUUAUUUUAUUUUUGUUCAUACACAUACACAAUUUUCAGGGUGAGUAAUUUAAUGCAGUUUUGGUAUAAUUGUAGUCUUUUCUGUGGAGAAAAAGCACACUGCAACACUUGUGCACUUGCCUUUCCACCUUGAAAUGUGGUGUUGCGAAGAUCUUUGAGGCCUUUUCCUGUGAAGACAAAUGGAGUUGGGAGGAUCUCAGAGAAAAACUCCUGCCACCAUCUUGAUGGCUUUUCUCCAUGUGGGUGUUGUCAUUUUUAAAAAAUGGAGCACCACCAUCUUUCAGAACAGUCGAGAUGGCAGUAUCGAUAGGGCAUGGGAUUGUGUUUUUCCUCCUUGGCCCAAGUGAGGGGUAUAUUUUAGAGACUGCAUUUCUACGGGACCUCAGAAUAUCACAAAGGUUUGUAGCAUCAACUUUACUGACAUCACAGUGUUAAUUUAAUUUAUUUAAAGAAGGGCUAAACAUAGCUUCAGACCAUUCCUGUACAAAUCACUUAAGACAAAACACCUGUUGUGGGCCAUGUAUUCAAGUUGACUUUUUGUAGUAUAAGUGAGAUUUGUCUGGCCUAUUGCUGCUCCUAGCCAGAAAAUCAGAGGCCUUUCUUGUGUCUUGCUCCUUUUCCUUCCUGUUCAUCAUCCCUCAAUGGCUGCAAGGUUCUUGGUGACGUGCAUAUGUGAAUCAGUCACCACAGGAGAAAUACCACAAUUCAGUUUUCCACACCACUUCAAGCACCAUCAUUUUCAAAGGAAGCCAUUUAUAAUUCAGCUGUGUGAGUCACUGAAUUACAACUUAUCAAGUGAUGUCCGUGCAUUUGUCAGUUAACCCUUAUCUUCGGCAGGCCUCUUGACAGCACAAAUUUUCUAUUCUUCUUCUUCUUCCUAUACUUUGCCUCUUGCUUUGAUUUUUCUUCCUUUAGUGCUCAUUCAUGUAGUGGCUCACCUAGAAUAUAAUGCUCACCUAGAAGCAAAGAAAGCAUCUCAUGGAAGGGUAAAUUCUUCUGAACAGCUCAGCAUGAAACAUAACAUCUACUAGUCUUCUACUAGUUGCCCAAAUGGCUAGGUUCAUUUUGGUAAUUACAAAGGGUAUCCUAUUUCAGUGAGAAUCAUUUUAUUACCUCUGCAAUAUAUCAUAACAUGGUACUCUGGCUCACCUCUAUAUGUGACAUAGCUCAUACCAUAGUGUGUGUGUAAUGGGCCACUGUUUGAACAGAAUAUGAAAAACAGAAAGGUUCCCAGUUUGCAAAAGAGUCAGGCAAGGCUGCAUUCUUUCACUCUAUUUGUUCAACUUGUAUGCAGAAAA